CUGGUUAUCGCGCCGGCCUGUCAAGCCGGAGGCCGCGGGUUCAAGUCCCGUCGCUCCCGAAACAGAACUGCGGGCUGUGGCGCAGUGGCUAGCGCGCUCGGUUCGGGACCGAGAGGUCGGGAGUUCGAAUCUCCCCAGCCCGACUCCCGCGCGCAGGCCCUUGCGUCCCCUCGCCGCGUUCGGCGAGCCAUUCCAGGCUUUGAUCGCAGGGGCCUCAACAUCAGGUCGCCGGCAGCCGAAGAUAAGGGAGUCGUGGUGCGGGCGCUCGUGUUGUUGUCGAUCUGCAUUGGUGCCGUCGGCUGUGCCCACGGGCAGGAGCGCUACUACGUCAUGCAGCGGGGCGACACGCUGUACAGCGCCUCGCGUGAGUUGGGCGUACCGGUGCAGCAGCUCAUGACGGUCAACGGCAUAGACGACGCCAGGAACGUAGCGGUGGGCACGCGUCUCAAGCUGCCGGGCGUGGAGGGGGGAUUGCGGCCGCUGGUCGCCGGAACGCAGGCGGUCAGCCGAACGUCGCAGCCCCUCGUUGGCCCUUCGGGCAGCCGGUCUACGCUCUCGUCGACGCCGCGCCCGGCGCAACCUGCCGCGGGGCCGUCCAUGCCGGUCACCUACGCGAUGGCGAAGGGUGACACGUUGUACUCGAUCGCGGCCCGCUUCGGUCUGGAUGUGGCCGAUUUGAUCCGGAUCAACGACAUCGACGACCCGCACGACCUCGCCACCGGGACCGUGCUGACCCUCGAGGGCGCGCGCCGCCGCACGGUGGCCCUGUCCGGUCCGGUGCUGUGGCCCACUGACGGCGAACGGCAGCCACUCACCGGCAAGCUGGACGGCGUAGCCAUCCGCGGCGCUGCCGGGCAACCCGUGCGGUCGGUCUCCUCCGGGACCGUCACCUGGUCCGGGCCUCGUCGCGGCUACGGGUACGUGGUGCUGGUUCGCAAGGACCGCUACGUCUACGCGUACCUCAACAACGAGCAGGUGCUCGUGCAGGUCGGCGACCGCGUACAGGUCGGAUCGCAGAUCGGCCAGCUAGGGGUCAACCCGCACGACAACACCGUACGGCUGUACUUCGUCGUAACGAAGGACGGGCGAUUCGUCGACCCCGGGUCGGCACCGCGUGCCUAG